AUGUUUGAAGCAAUGCCUGUUCGUGAUGUCGUCUCCUGUAACUUGGUAAUAGCUAGUCAUGCUCGCCAUGGGUUUCCAGAGCUGGCCCUUGAUCUCUUCAAAGAAAUGGUUUCUCGAGGCCUUAGAGAAAGCCCGUCCACAUGUUCUUCAUUUUGGGUAUUUGCAGUGAUGUUGGGUUCUACCGAGAAGUUGUUCGAUGAAUUGCCUAGUAGAAGUUUAGCAAUGUGGAAUUUGGUUCUUCGUGGGUUCUGUCAACUAGGUCGAUCAUAUGAGGUGCUAGGAUUCUACUUGAAGAUAAAAUCAGAUGUUGGGGUUGAUCCAAAUGGUGUUACUUUCUACUAUUUGAUAUAUGCUUGUGCUCGACAUAGAAUGGGUAGAGAGGGCCUCAAGAUGCUUGAGACCAUGAUCCAGGAGGGUCUGAAGCCAGAUGCUAUAACAUUCUUGUUUGUGUUAAUGAGUUGCAGUCACUCAUGUUUGGUGAGAGAAGGGCAAUUAAUAUUUGAAUCAAUAGAAAACAUCCAUGUCGUCUACCUAGACAGGAGGCACUAUUCAUGCAUGGUUGAUCUUCUGGGGCGAGCAUGCUUGCUAGAGGAAGCAGAAGUGUUGCUAAAAUGCUCACCAGUUAAGGAUGAUUUAGUAAUGUGGAGCUCCCUGUUGCGUAGUUGUAUAGUACAUCGAAAUGAGAAGGUAGGAAGAACAGCUGCAAUAGCUUUACUGGAGCUCGACCUAGACAAUCCUACAGUGUUGUUGCAGGCAUCGAGCUUCUAUUCUGAAAUUGGUGAUAUAGAGAUGUCCAUGAAAAUUAGAGAAUACAAGAAAACGAGUGAAAUGAGAAAGGGGGCAGGUUACAGCUUUAUUGAGUCAAUCAAUCAUGGUUACUCUUGA